AUGUCUCCCACCCCUCUCCACACCCGAGACACCAACUCCUCCAUCUUCCAGAACCCGGGCGAAAAACGCGGUUUCAUCGUCGUCAUCAUCCUCUCCGUCCUCGCUACCGUCGGCAUGUUCUGUCUCAUCAUCACGCUCGUCAUCUGCAAGAACAAGCGCGAUCGGAAGAAGAGAGCGGCCAAGAUGGACGCGGAGAAGAGUUUGAAUUUUCUGCCGGGCAGGAAGGGGCGGUAUCGCAAGUUGGAGGAUGAGGAUGAGGGCGAGGUGUGGAGUGUGGAGAUGGAUGAUCGGAGGCCGACGGCUUAUCAGGGGAGGUAUAGUGAGUUUCAAGUCAUAUUCCGCUCCCUCAUCCACAUCCACUUUUAUCGCCAGAACCCGGACGACCCGCCUGUCCUACCAGCACCGCCAUCUACAAACCCGAUAUCCUGGUUACACAUCUCAGUCAUGCCUCCCCGUUCUCAGGAAGAUGACCGCAUCCAACGCUUAGAGGAAGAUCUUGAAUGGCUGUCGCUCGUAUCCACCUUGACCACAGAGCGGCAAAGGGAAGACGAUGAACCCAAGGAAGUCAAUGUCGAUGAAUCCGUUGGAGCGGAAAGCGACCAGAGACAAACCAAAAGAUAA